UCAUUUUCUCAGCCUCCAAACACUUCUCUCUCUCUCUCUCUCUCUCUCUUUCUCUCUAGCUCUCACAGAGAACAAUGAGGCACAACCUAGAUAUUUUGGUUCAAGUUCGAGUGAGAAUCGAUCUCUCUCUUUUCUCAACUUGUUCACUACGAAGAGCAUUUCGUUAAUGGUGGAUCUUACUCCCUGAGUUGAACUGAACUGAAGCGAGUACGAGAUCGACAACAAUGUUGGACGGACUUCUCGGUCGGAGCGAGUACGAGAUCUUUAAGUGAGUCGAAUCGUUAAUGGUGGACCUUACUCCCUGAGUCGAAUCGUUCACUGGUUGUAGUAAGUCAUUGAUUAAAUUGAUGAAGACUCGGAUCAGUGUGAUACGGAGGAAGCGAAAGGCGACUGAGAAGUUUUUGAAGAAAGAUGUGGCUGAUUUGCUUGCGAAUGGACUCGAUAUCAAUGCCCAUGGAAGAGCUGUUAGGCUUUUGGGUCCUCCAGCAAGAUUUGAAGCUUCAAAGCUGAAAGUUGUUUUCUUAGGAGAAGAGUUAAACAAGUAUUCAGGAAUUCUUCCAAGAACCUACAUCCUAUCCCACUGUGACUUUACAGCUAACUUAAACUUGACCAUCUCUAAUGUCAUAAAUCUUGAUCAGUUAAGAGGCUGGUAUAACAAAGAUGAUGUAGUUGCCGAAUGGAAGAAAGUGAAAGACGAUAUGUGUCUACAUGUCCACUGCUAUGUGAGUGGUCCAAAUCCCCUGCUAGACCUUGCUGCAGAGUUUCGGUACCACAUAUUCUCCAAGGAAUUGCCUUUGGUGCUUAAAGCUGUGUUACAUGGGGAUUCAGUACUUUUCCGAGACCAUCCUGAGCUACUGGAUGCUUUGGUUAGGGUAUAUUUCCAUUCUAGUUCACAAAAGUACAAUCGCACAGAAUGUUGGGGUCCUCUCAAGAAAGCUGCAGAGGGAAGACAAGGGGACCAGAUCCAAGGCUUGAUGAGUGCAAGUGAAGAUGGUUUGAAGCAAAAGUGGGGAAAACCAAGAUCCAUUUUUCAAGCUCUUUUUACUUUCCUUCUUUGAAGUCAGAAGCACCUUAUUCUCGAAGUGCUCUCUGUUCAUGCCGCAAGGAUUGUUAUUUCAGGUGCCUGAGGCAUAGCAGGGUCCAUUCUUAGCAAAACCUUAACAAAUGGGAAGAGACUAAAGGCCAACCUCAAGUUGCAUAAAAAAUGUGGGGUCCUGAUUCUUUUUCAAUUAACACAUUUGUUCAAUUGGAAAUAUUGACUCACUAUUAUUGUGUGACUGAGACCUUUUUUCAUCUGGUAAAUCAGAAAAUGGCUCAUUUAUUUGUUUCAAACUUUUCAUGUGUAUCUUAGUUGUAUACUUCUAUAUGCCA